UCAAAAUUAAGACAGGCUUUUUUCUCUGGAAAAAUCCUCAAAAAACAAACAAAAAACAUGAACAUGGAAGAUCAGUUUCCUAAAAUAGAAACUAGCUUCAUGCACGACAAGCUCUUGUCUUCUGGAUUCUACGGGAUCUUAAGUUCUUCAACGCCACCACAACUUCUCGGUGUUCCAAUAUUCUUGGAAGGUAUGAAAUCUCCUCUUCUUCCUCCUUCUUCGACUCCGAGCUACUUUAUGUCGCCUCAUGAUCAUGAGCUCACUUCUUCUAUUCAUCAAUCUCCGGUAGCUUCUGUUCCUUGGAACUUUCUAGAAUCUUUUCCUCAGUCUCAACGUCCUGACCCUCAUCCUUCUAAACCCCCAAACCUUACUUUGUUCCUUAAAGAACCAAAGCUUCUAGAACUUUCUCAAUCUGAUAACAACACGAGCCCUUACCAUAAAUACAUCCCAAACUCUUUUUAUCAAUCAGAUCAAAACAGAAACGAGUGGGUAGAGAUCAAUAAAACCCUAACCAACUACCCCUCAAAAGGUUUUGGAAACUAUUGGCUAAGUACCACCAAAACUCAGCCCAUGAAGUCAAAAACAAGAAAGGUUGUUCAGACGACGACACCAACAAAGCUAUAUAGAGGAGUGAGACAAAGACACUGGGGCAAAUGGGUCGCAGAGAUUAGGCUUCCAAGGAACAGAACCCGUGUUUGGCUCGGUACUUUUGAAACCGCUGAGCAAGCAGCAAUGGCUUAUGAUACAGCAGCUUAUAUCCUGCGUGGCGAAUUUGCACACCUCAAUUUUCCUGACCUAAAACACCAGCUCAAGUCCGGUUCCUUGCGAUGCAUGAUCGCCUCGCUUUUGGAGUCCAAGAUUCAACAAAUCUCCUCUUCCCAAGUAAGUAACUCUCCUUCUCCUCCAACAAAAGUGGAAUCAUCGGAGCUGAAGAAUCACAUGAAGAUUGAGCCAUCAAGAGAAGAAGUGAUGAUGAAGAAACAGAAAAGCCAUAAGGAAGUGAUGGAAGGAGAUGGUGUACAGUUGAGUAGGAUGCCUUCUUUGGAUAUGGAUCUCAUUUGGGAUGCUCUCUCAUUUCCUCAUUCUUCUUGACUUCAAAUUUAAUAUGUCACAAGCUUAAUUACUGCUAUCCUUUUUUUUUUAUAAAACAAUUUCCAAAGAAAGAAAUUCAUAAUAUGAUGCCAAGAUUCAAGAUUGGUUUUGCAUUUGGGAUUGAACACAUUGUAAUUCUUCAUAUGACCACAUAAUCAAGUGGUUCUCCUUUU